AAUUGCUUUUGUUUGACAAAUCAACAAGAGACCUCUUCUAAUCUUCAUUUUGAUUAAUCAAAAUGUCUGCAAACAUUUGUCUAUAAAUACAAGGAAAUGGCAGGCAAUUCAUCAUACCAGAAAAAAACAAUGGCAGCAAAACAACACUUGUUGAUAAUCUCUAUUGCACUCUUGAUUUCUUUCUGUCAAUGUGAUCCUGAUACUCUCCAAGAUUUCUGCAUAGCUGAGCUAAAAAAUCAACCAUUCAUCAAUGGAUUCCCGUGCAAAAGCCCGAAAGACGUAACCUCUGAUGACUUCUUUUUUGCAGGUCUGGCACAAGAGAAAGACACAGAUAACAUAUUAGGAUCAAAUCUGACAGCAGGAAAUGUACUCAGCUUCCCUGGCCUGAACACACUAAGUAUGUCCAUGAACCGUGUAGACUUUGCGCCGGGAGGAAUAAACCCACCGCACUCUCAUCCACGGGCGGCAGAACUAGUGUUUGUCAUGAGAGGAUGUUUGCUUGUCGGGUUUGUGGCAACAGACGGCAAGUUCUUCUCUAAGACUCUUAAAGCAGGGGAGGUGUUUGUCAUUCCUAAAGGACUAAUUCAUUUUCAGUAUAAUGUUGGCAAGAAGACGGCAACAGCCAUUACUUCAUUCAAUAGUCAGUUGCCUGGUGUUGUGAUUGCUGCUAAUACUCUGUUUGGGUCUACACCUGAGAUUCCUACUGGAGUUCUUACCAAAGCUUUCAGGGUUGAUGACAAGCUCAUCAAUGAGAUAAAGUCCAAGUUUGGGAACUAGUCAUAGAGCACAUACUUUGGAUUGUUAAAAAGAACACAUUCAGAUUCUGUUGUACUAAAAUUGUACGCUAUAAUCUCUGUCUUUACUAAUAAUAAGUGUUCUUGGAUUGCCUAUUAACUUAGAUGUGUUAUCACCAGCCUAUGGUUUCUAAAGUUCAGUAAUACAGAUUGAUGAAUUUGUCUUAAGUUCAGGAUAAUGUCCAAGAACAAGGAAUGCCAUGACAGCAACCUGAAAGAAAGGUUAAUUAGGGUUUUAUCCUUGCUUACCUUUCUAGUUGCCAACAACCAAAUAAUAACAGAACAUAUAAUAUAUAUAUAUAUAUAUAUAUACAUAUGUAAUGCUACACGCUAAAUGCAUGACAAGUGCUAACAAAUGGUUUCCCAUGUAGCUAACGGUGUGAUUUAUCAUAACGAACUUCAAGAAUGUCUUCUGGUCAUGGGAUACUUUGGGAACAGUUUUUAGGUUCAAUGACCAAAAUGAAGAUAGAAUUAUAAUAUAAUAUUUUGGUUUUUCACCACAUAUUUUUCAUGAUUUCCUAUUUUUAUAUUCUACUUCAUUGACAAAUUUGAAGUAAUCUCAGUCCACCAUAUUGGUUAGCUAUCAAUAUCAUGUCCUCAUCACCUAAUAUUUGUCGUACUACUUGCAAUGAUAGGAAACCCCCCAUUCCAAAAACUUCAAAAAG